AAAGGGACAGCACUGUUUUAUUUUAGAGAAUCCAUCCUUUUCAGCAAUUAGGCAGGAAAAUUCAGGAAAGGUAACUUAUACAGAUUUUAAAACUUCCUCAAUUUCCAUGGAUAAAGAGAAGAAAAUACAGCUUAAGAGAAAUUUUGGAUAUUUCAGGGGCACAAGCUUUUUAAUUAUUAAUAUAAUUGGUGCAGGGAUUUUUGUAUCUCCCAAAGGGGUUUUGGAGUAUUCUUGCAUGAACGUGGGCCUCUCCCUGUGUGUUUGGGCCAUCUGUGCCGUGUUGUCCUUGACAGGAUCUCUCUGCUUUGCAGAGAUAGGAAUAACCUUCCCAUACAGUGGAGCUCACUAUUAUUUUCUCAAGAGAUGCUUUGGCCCCUUGAUCGCCUUCCUGAGACUUUGGACAAGCUUGUUCGAGGGGCCAGGGAUAAUUGCUACCCAAGCCCUGCUUCUUGCUGAGUACAGCAUCCAACCUUUUUAUCCCAGCUGCUUAGCACCAAAACUACCAAAGAAAUGUCUAGCCCUGGCCAUGUUGUGGAGUGUGGGAAUUCUGAAUUCUCGAAGUGUGAGAGAAGCAGCCUGGCUUCAGAUGGUAAGCACAGUGCUGAAAGUGGCCAUACUUGGCCUUAUUUCCCUCAGUGGAGUGUUCAUGCUGGUGAGAGGCAAGAAGGAGAAUGUAGAAAGAUUUCAGAAUGCUUUUGAUGCUGAGUUUCCAGACAUCUCCCAGAUAAUAGAAGCCAUCUUCCAAGGAUAUUUUGCAUUUUCAGGCGGGGAAACCUUAACGUACAUAGCAGGGGAGCUGAAGAAACCCAGCAAAACCAUUCCCAAAUGCAUAUUUACAGCAAUACCUCUGGUGACUGUUUUGUUUUUACUGGUUAACAUUUCCUACCUGACUGUUCUGACACCCAGAGAAAUUCUCUCUUCAGAUGCUGUGGCUAUUACAUGGACUGAUCGAAUGAUCCCCCAAUUAACAUGGAUUAUUCCUUUUGCUAUUUCUGCUUCAUUAUAUAGCAACCUUUUGUUUAAUGUGCUUGACUUAACAAGAGUGACAUAUAUUGCAGGCCAACAAGGCCAGCUGCCUUUGUUAUUUAAUACACUCAACAUUCACUCCUCUCCACUAAUAUCUGUACUACUGAUUGUUGCUCUGGCAUCCACUGUGAUCGUCUUAACAAACCUAAUUGAACUGAUAAACAAUCUUUAUUUCAUGAUUUCUAUCUGGACUGUAUUAACAAUGAUGGGAAUACUAAAACUGAGAUACCAGGAGCCGAAUCUACAUAGACCUUAUAAGGUGUUUUUGCCAUUUACAUUCAUAACAAUGGCCAUCAACCUGGGCAUGGUUUUGAUACCAUUGGUAAGGUCUCCCAAGAUGCAUUAUAUCUAUGUCUUUCUGUUUCUUCUCAGUGGACUGCUGUUUUACAUACCUUUAGUAUAUUUUAAAUUGAAGUUGGUUUGGUUUGAGAAGAUGACUUGCUAUCUACAAUUACUAUUUAAUGUUUGCAUUCCUGAUGUAUCUGAUGAAGAGACAGAAGUAGAUACUUUAAAAAAUUAGCCUUCUGGCUGGAGUUGUAGUUCAGUGGUAGAGCGCUUGCCUAGCAUGUGUGAGGCACUGAGUUUGAUUCUCAGCACCACCUAUAAAUAAAUAAAUAAAGGUUUAUCAACAACCAAAAAUAUAUUUAAAAAAAAUAGCCUUCCAAAAAAUACAAAACAGACUAUGGGAUAUUAACAGUGAAAUUCCCAUGACAACUUUUUCAAAUGAAAUAAUAUGUGUAAAAGACAGAACCUGGCUUUAAAUUCAUAGAGAAAUAAUUAUGCAUCACUAAACCUCUGUUUUGUUUGAUAAUAAACUUAAAUCAGUUUGCACAGCUUGAUAUAUUGAUGCUAUCACAUUUUCUCAUUUUUUUUCUGUAUCACAUCCCUUUUCUACUGAAUUUGUACUGCUCUAAUAGUAAAAGUUCAUGACUAAAAAUAAAUAAAGCAUUCUCUUCA